AUGUGCUCCGCCGACAUCUUCCUCGGCCUGUUGGCCAUCCUCUUUCCGCCGCUGCCUGUCUGGGUCAAGCGCGGCAUCUGCAGCGCCGACUCCAUCAUCAACAUCCUCCUCUGCUGCCUGGGCUUCAUCCCCGGCCUCUUCCACGCCUGGUACAUCAUCGCCAAGUUCCCCGAGCCGCCGUACGAGUACGAAGCCCUGCCCAACGACCGCGAGGGCGGCCGCGUCACCUACGUGUACGUCCAGUCGCCCCACGGCUCCGGCUGCAACGGCCAGCAGCAGCAGCCCAGGCCCCAGGGCGGCAUGAACUACGGCACCCAGGCCCAGAACUCGUCCCAGGGACAGCAGCAGCACGGCGUCACGGGCGCCGGAGAGGGCGGCUCCAACGGCGGUGGUGUCCCUCCGUCCUAUGCCGAGGUCGUUGCCGGCGACCACAAGGUUCAGUCGAGGGACUAG